CAGCGGGCUGGCAGCCACCAAGUGCUGCCUGGACGAGGGGCUGGAGCCCACCUGCUUCGAGCAGAGUCAGGACAUCGGGGGGCUCUGGCGCUACACGGCUCUUCUUGGGUUUUACACCCCUAACAAAGCGUGGUCUUAAGUCAUUAGCUGCAUCAAAGCAGCUCGUCAUAUUCAUCGGACAAAGCAAUAGCUUAUUGUGUUUGAUUGCUGCAAAGCAUGUGCAAAUUUUGUGGUAUUCUAUUCUAUUCUAUUCUAUUCUAUUCUAUUCUAUUCUAUUCUAUUCUAUUCUAUUCUAUUCAAAGAAUUAACCUCAAUAAUUAAUGGGAAAGAGUUUACAACAAAUUAGUAAGUUCAAGUGUACAACGAAUUAUUAAUUAUUAUUAUUAUUAUUUACGACAAAUUAAUAGUUGGGCACAUAGGCUGCUCACUAGGGCACAGAUCCCCUAACUGUAAAUAUCCCUUUUGUGUCUGUUUUAUUGGUUUCCAUGCUAACAGCCUUGCUUUCUUCCUGGAUAUGGAUAAACUCCUACUUUAUCAAUUUCUUUGUUGUGUUUGUGAGGGUUCCCAGGAUUAGGUGAGAGAUGAGAAAUCUGGCUCCAUGUUCUCAGAAGGCUGAUUUAUUAUUCUAUUCUAUUCUAUUCUAUUCUAUUCUAUUCUAUUCUAUUCUAUUCUAUUCUAUUCUAUUCUAUUCUAUUCUAUUCUGUUCAUACUAUGCUAGAACUAUACUGAAGAAAGAGAAAGGAUACAGACAGAAGGCUUAACAAGAAUGAGUAAUAAAAAAAACUCAUGACUGACUCCUCAAAGUCUGACACGGUGAUUGGUCAUUAAGUGAAAGCAAUUCACAUGAAACCAGUCAAACAUGCACCUGCUGGAUAAACCAUGUCCAGACCACAUUCCAGAGGAGCCAGACACAGGAGAAGCGAAUCAGAUAAUUAUUCUUUACAUUUUUCUCUGAGGCUUCUCAACUUCCCAGGAGAAGAAAUCCUGGACAAAGAGGAUUUCUCACAAAAUACGACAGUGGCAUUUCUUCUUCUGUUAGCUCUCUUUGGCCAGCUGCUAAGGCCAUCCUCACCUCUCCUCAGCUCUGCAGGGUUGUGGGGUGGCUGGAGUGGCUGUGCUGGGUGCUGAGCUGCACCCUGAGGUCAGGGCAGGGUAGGACAGUGCCCAGCCCGGGCACAGGGCUGAUGCCCCCGGGUGCCAUGGCAGGAGCACAUCGAGGCCGGCCGGCCCAGCCUGUACGCGUCAGUCAUCAGCAACACCUCCAAGGAGAUGUCUGCCUUCUCUGACUUCCCCUUCCCCGAGCACUUCCCUGCGUUCCUGCCCAAUGCCCUGCUCCUGGACUACCUCCGGCGCUACACCGAGCACUUCGGCCUGCGGGAGCACAUCAGAUUUGGGAGCACCGUUGUCAGCAUCCGUAAGCGCCCCGACUUUGCCACCACGGGCCAGUGGGAAGUGGUCACGGAGGCAGGGGGGAAGCAGACAUCAUAUGUCUUUGAUGCUGUUAUGGUUUGCAGCGGCAGUUUCUCGGAGCCAUCCCUCCCCCUGCAGUGUUUUCCCGGCAUCGAGAGGUUCCGAGGGCAGCGCUUCCACAGCAGGCAGUACAAGCAUCCUGACGUGUUCCAGGGCAAGCGUGUCCUCGUGGUGGGCAUGGGCAACACAGGAGUGGACAUCGCCGUGGAGGCCAGUCGUGUCGCUGCAAAGGUGACCAUCAGCACCACUCGAGGAGCCUGGCUGCUCAGCCGUGUGUCUGAGCACGGCUACCCCUGGGAUAUGAUUUUAAACACUCGCCUCAUGACCCUGAUCAAAACCAAACUCCCCGCACCCCUUUCAUGGCGGUUGAUUAAUUACAAGGUGAACCAGUGGUUCAACCACGAAAACUAUGGCCUUCAGCCAGAGAACAGCUGGCUGGUGCGGGAGCCCUUGGUGAACGACGAGCUCCCGAGCUACAUCCUGACAGGCAGGAUCACCAUCAGGCCGGGGGUGAAGGAGUUCAAGGACAGCUCAGUCCUGUUCCACAACUGCCCUGAGGAGGAGCCCAUCGAUGUCGUUGUCUUCAGCACGGGCUACACCAUCUCCUUCCCCUUCCUGGAAGAAUCCAUCAUCAGGGUGGAGAACAAGCACAUGUCCCUCUACAAAUACGUGUUCCCACCCCGGCUGCAGAAGCCCACCCUGGCUGUCCUUGGGGUGAUUAAGCCCUUUGGAGCCAUCAUGCCCGUGGCAGAGAUGCAGGCACGCUGGGUGAGCCGUGUCUUCAAAGGCUUGUGUCAGUUGCCUCCCCAGGCUGUCAUGGAGAAGGAAGUAAAUGAGAAGAAGAAAAACCAAAUCCAAUGGUUUGGUCUGACCUUUGACGAAGUCCUCAAAACCGAGUGGCUGGGCUACCUGGACACCCUGGCCUCCUUCAUUGGUGCCAAGCCCAGCGUGCUGGGGCUGCUCUGCACAGACCCUUGGCUGGCCCUCACCAUCUUCUUUGGCCCCUGCUCCCCCUACCAGUACAGGCUGGGGGGUCCUGGGCGCUGGCAGGGGGCACGGCAGGCCAUCCUCACCCAGUGGGACCGCGUCCUGAAGCCCACCAGGACACGAGUCCCUGCUGGCUCCUCCAGCUCUCUCCUGUCUCUCCUGACUGUGGCGGGAUUCCUUCUGCUCCUGGCUGCUGUGGUUUUUGGUUUCCUAUAGCUUUUAGGGCACGUUUGUUUGUUUAUUGUUUGCUUGGGUUGGUUGGUUGGUUGUUUUUUUGUCCUGAAGGAUUUUAUCUCAGGUCAGACAGCUCCUCAGGGGGCCACGGGACUGGGGAAAAGGAUUUCAGUGUCACCAGCACGUUUUAUGAAAAAUCCUUUCCUUAGGAUCUUUUCUCCUGAGAAGCAGAGAGACCUCAGGAACAAAUGUAAACAAUGAUUAUCUGGUGCUGUGGAAUCAACAGGUGGAUCUGGGAUUGGUCUCAUCUGGUUGUUUCUAAUUAAGGGCCAGUCACAGUCCAGCUGUCCAGACUGUCUCAGUCACAGACAAACCUUUGUUAUUCAUUCCUUUUCUAUUCUUAGCCAGCCUUCUGCUGAAAUCCUUUCUUCUAUUCUUUUAGUAUAGUUUUAAUAUAAUGUACAUCAUAAAAUAAUAAACCAAGCCUUCUGAUA